AUGUCGCUCUCCAGAAGCUAUCGGACUGCCACGAGGCAAGUUCGCAGCUUCUCCGUCUCUACGAAACUGCGUAUCGGCCCCGAAUCUCCCAAUUACAUCGAGGUUCCUCAGACAUUACAACCCGAUCUGCCUUCAAAGCCUCGAGUAAAGGGUACUCUACCUGUUCCGCGUGAAAUCUUCCCAGCCCGUCGCCCCGACAAGCCUACACCUGCCUACAUCUCUGCCGUGACACCGGAACCGAGCAAGGUGAAGACAAUCAAGAAGAAUGAUCCCAAUGCAGAAACUAUCGCAUGGAAGCAGAGAAUGGCAGAGAACCGACGACAAAAUCUUAGGGAAGGUUUGCUUGAGUUGUAUGAGAGAAAACAGACUACGGUUGCAGCCAUGACGCGGCGCAGUGCGGCCAAGCAGGCUCGCCGAGAGCGUGUGUUGAGACAGCCGGAGAGAGACGAUGAGCGUUUGACGAAUCCCUCCGUUGUCCGGAGUCUGAGGGAUCAACCUUCUAGCCUACCGGACCCCGACCGAGAGAUCCGCAUUGCCCAGUCAAGCGAGCGAGUGUUGGAAAAGCAGCUUCAGAAAUCUGCCGAACGCCACAACAACCUUCACACCUUGUACAUGAAUGCCCGCGACUUCAUCGUUACGGAGGAGCAGCUCAUGAAGGAGAUUGAGGACAAGUUCCGUGAAGAUGGCGGCGAUGAAUGGCGAUCGGACACCGGUAUGGGAACCAAUGUAUGGGCCAAGGGAGCACCGCCAACUAUCCAGAGUAUCGUCAACACCCAGAUGAAGGAGGAUGGUGGAAGAUGGCGAAUUGAGCAGGAGAGAAUGAGCAAGGUGGUUGAGGAGAUGACCGGAGGAAAGAUGUAG